AUGCCGCGGCUCUCUGCUUCCAUUGUGCGCCAUGCCACGCGCAAGAGCAAAUUUCUGGCUCCUCUACUCAACCAGACGGGAGACCUAAAUUCUGCCCAAAACGAGCUUCGCUGGCUUGAACAACAUGCGAAUAAGAGCUCACUGAAGCCACCACCUGCCCAAGCCGCAGGCUUAGCGGUCUCGCCGUAUGAACUCCGCGAUGUGAAGCUUUCCAAGCUCGAGGCACUUGUCAGAAGAAGAGCGGCGGGCGAGCCCUUGCAGUACAUCAUCGGCGAUCAACCUUUCGGGGAGUUGGAGAUCUUAUGCGAACGCAAUGUACUCAUCCCACGCGUUGAGACGGAGGCAUACACGGAGAGGCUUGUCAAAGAGCUUCAUCACUCCAUCGCCAUCGGCGAGCCACGGAAAGGGGAGACCGGACGGACCACCCUGAGAGUCCUCGACAUCUGCACCGGCAGCGGUGCCAUUGCUCUUCUGCUGCACCAGCUCCUGCGCCGAGAUUCACAUCCAAUAUUCUCGGUUCCCACCUCUACGCAAGAGACGCGCAGCCUGCCAAUGGAUUUGCAGAUCAUGGGCCUGGACCUUUCAAUGGACGCAAUUCGACUUGCUCGACGCAACCUUGAUUACAAUAUAGAAAAGGGUCUGCUCCAGUCUACUGCUAAAGAUGAGGUGAUCUUCCGCGACAUCGACGCCACAAAACUCGGUCUCGUCAAAGGAGUCUGUAAGCAAGAGCUUGCCAAUCUGGCAGAACCAGCGCCAUGGAAUCACCAGAAGAGAUGGGAUAUUGUCAUUUCUAAUCCGCCUUACGUAGCACCUGCAGAUUACAACCUAGGUGGCCGUACCGAGAGAAGCGUGCGCAACUAUGAGCCUCAAAUGGCGUUGGUACCCCCCCAGGCUCCGGAUUGCCGACUGCAUCCUGGCGACACAUUCUAUCCACAUAUUCUCAGGAUUGCUCGCCAGGUCAGUGCCUACCUGAUUGUUAUGGAAGUAGGCGAUUCAGCCCAAGCCAAGAGAGUCAGGGACCUCGUGCAGCAAGCCCAACUAAAGAAAGGUGGGACUUUACGAAUCGAGACUUGGUACGAUGACGGAACGAUAGUCGUGAAUGAUCAUCGGCAAGAUCGCUUCAAGGGCGACGCACCUGACGUGAAAGCCCAGCCUGAAUCUUCGUCGAGUGCCCGUGCUGUACUGAUCUGGCGCGACAAAUGGGCCGCUCGUCGUCAGAUGAUGACAGGGCCCCUAACCGAGAUACGACAUUUUCUUCCCGAGGAUUCGGAGUUCAGCUACCAGAAACUCUUCAAACUUGCACGACACCAAACAUAUGCAGAGCGGGCAAGAUAUGUGAAGUCCGGCGGGAACCCAAGAAAUUUCGACCGAUUUGCAGCCAUCCUACGACACGGAAAAAGACAGUGGCAGAUGGGACAGAGGAGGACGCCUCCAGAAGUGUUUCCGACCAGAAUUAGAGAUGCGGCGAAGAACACACAGAAGACGCCGGUGACGCGUACGCCUACGACGAAGAAGAAGAAGCCUGUAACGAAGCUAUUUGAGACAGAGAAGCCAUUACCGAUGAACGUCCCUACGACGGAGACGCCGACUUGA